GGUAGAGCAGAGGCUUGUGCACAGCGCGAUAUUAUUUGCCUAGGCCGCUAUUCUUGCGUUUUCUGUUACCGUGAAUCUCACCUUCCUAACUAUGUAGCUGAUUGAUGAGGCAUUGAAACCUACAGCAAAGCGAUAUGAGACCUGCGCUGUCAAAUCGACAAAGCGCAGCUUGCUUCGUGCACGCUCGGCCAUGGCUGCGGCCUCGCAUCUUAACCAAUACAAGAUGCAAAACUAUUUUAUCUGCUCAGACUGGUGCUGGGACUAGCCAGACCUCGCUGCAUUUUGUGCUGGACCAGCUGCGGCGGGCGCAGGGCAUCGGCAAGCUUGACCCGAAUGCGGAGGCGGUGGUGUCGGGCCGCGGUAAGCACCUAGGCAUUGCGGUGACGUGGAGUCUGCGCUGGACGGCGGGGGGCGCCUUCAGGGAGGAGAUACGCGGCCCGCAGCUGACCUUUGCGUGGGGGCACGACGGAGCCGCAGACAGCAGCUGCUGGGAGGUGGACAGCUCCGGACUGGCCCGGUACAUGGAGUGCGACGACCACGAGGCCGUGCUCCUGACCGCCUACCUGCGCACCGGCUGUUGGCUACAGCCGCACCUGGCCGACCGCUUCGACCUGGAGCUACUGCCGCCGCCCCUCAUCAAGAUGGCGGGCGGCAGCAGCAGCAGCGGCAGCAGCAGUAGCGGGAGCAGCAGUAGCAGUGGAGGUGGUAGCGGGCAGCCGCAGGCGCCGUCGCCGGAUGAGGUUGUGGCGCUGGGCAUUCGAGUGCGGGGCAAGCGGUUGCGUGUGCGGGUGCUGGUGCGGCGGCGCGACUGGCGGCUGUUGGGCUUUGACCACCGCAUGUGCGCCGACACCGAGGUCUGGGAGCUGGGCGAGUGGAAGGAGUGGGACACAGGGGUGCUGUACCCCUCCAGUGCGGUGCACAAGGCCUCAAACGGCGGCCAGCACGCCUACCUCACAGGCGCAGGCGCGUUGGAGCGGCUGUGUGGGGCCGCUGCUACCGCCGGCAGUGGCAGCAGCAGCAGUAAUAGCAGCAGCAGCAGUAGCAGCAGCGUCGCGGAUGCGGAAGCCGGGCCCUCCCUUUCCAACUCGUUGCUAGCGGCAGCCUCUCGCGGCGCGCAGGCGUCCGGUCCCUCCUCCCCCCCAGGGAGCGUGUCUGUUUCUCCGGAGGGCGCCUGGGGCGGCGGCGCGGCUGUAGCACCGGCUCAGGCGGCGGUGGAGCAGGCGGCGGAGCAGGCGGCAGUAGCAGCUGGCGGCGCGCCCGGAGACUGCCUGCCUGUGCCCACGUUUUUCGGCAUGCCGCUACUGCCGCCCAUCCCUACCGACACCACCUAUGACCUGGGCACGGCGGCUGGCAGUAGCAGCAGCAGCAGUAGUGCUGUGGGGAGCAGUAGCAGCAGCAGUGGCGAUGGCGGUGGAGGCGCGGCGCUGGGGUAUUCGCGGGUGCCGCUGUGGCGGGCCGCCAGUGGGCACUACCUGGUCCGCCCCUCCAUCAACGGGCAGGAGGGCGGCGGCUACUUCGUGCUGGACAGCGGCGCCAGCGGCUUCGUGGUCACACCGCAGGCCGCUGCCCGGCUGGGCGGCCAGGCGUUCGGCGAGACUCACGCCGCCUCCGUCAGCGGCAAGGUGGCGGCGCGCUUCAUCCGGCUGGGCGCGUGGGCGCUGGGCGGCCUGAGCAUCAGCAAGCCUGUGUUGAUGGUGAUGGAGCUGGAGGGCCUUGUCAAGGGGGCGCCGGGGGAGGUGGUGGGCAUCGUGGGGCACGACCUGUUCCGGAGGGCCGUGCUGGAGCUGCCGGCAGUAGCACCCGGCAGCAGCUGCAGCGGUAGUAGCAGCGGCAAAUCCGCACGUAGUAGCAGCAGCAGUAGCAGGAGCGGUAGCGGCAGUAGCAGCAAUGGCAGCGGCAACGGCACGGGCCACUGCGGCGCGGGGUCGGAGGAGCUGGAGGGGAGCGGCAGCGCGGCCUCCAGCUUGGAUGACUGGGAGGAGGCGGCGGCAGGCGGCAGUAGCAGUCACAGCAGUAGCAGCAGCAGCAGCAGCAGCAGCAGCAGCAGCAGCGGCCGCGGCAGUAGCAGCAGCAGCCGUGGCAGUAGCAGCGUGAUGGGGCCGGGCGGCUCGGGGUCAGACUCUGGCUCCGAGGAGGAGGCGCAGAGGCAGGCGGGUGGGCGGGUGGCUGCUACAGCCGCCGCCGCCGCCUCCUCCGUUGCUACUGCUUCUAUCGCUGCUGCCGGGCCUGCCUUCGGCAGUAGCAGGGCCCGCGGCACGCCGGGUUUCGGGCCGCCGCCACGGCCGCCGCAGUCGACCCCUGCGUUUGAGGCCUCUUGCUCGCUUGGGGACCGGUCUAAAAGCAGCCUUGGAGCCAGCAGCAGUAGCAGCAGCAACAAUGGCAGCAGCAGCGCCGCGGCUCGGCGGUCACGUGGGCGCAGCGUCACGGCACGUGCCGUACGGCGGGCGGCCCAGACGGUGCCGUACUCACUCCACGAGAUGGGGCUGCACCACCCGCUGGAGUACGGCAACGAGCGGGGCUGGGUGUGGCACCCGCUGGUCAUGAUCGCCAACCUCCCCCACGUGCGCCUCACCUUCGCCGACCCCCACGACCCCGCCGGGCCCCCCCGCGCCGCGCUGCUCAUGCUGGACAGCGGUGCGUGCGGCGCCGACCUCAUGCUGCACGCCCGGGCGCAGAAGGAGCUGGGGCUGCUACAGCCGCCGCAGCAGCCGGCUGUAGCAGGGGCGGCGGCGGGGCGGGGGGGCGGUGGCGCUAGCCAGCAGGGGCACUACCUGAGGGGGGUGGGGCAGGACCCCAAGGACUACGUGCAGCUGCAGGUCCUGGAUCUGCCCUGGCUCGAGAUGGGAGGCGUGCGGUUCGAGAAGGUCCGCUGCAUGUGCGCGGCGGUGGGCGGCCUCGACAUCUCCAUCUACUCCCACGGCAUCCUGUGCGGCGACCUCCUGUCUAGGCUGGAGUGGGCCGUAGACUACACGCACAAGCGCAUCGGCUUCAGGCGGGCAGCGCAGCGGGAGCAGGGGGAGCAGAGGGGGCAGGGGCAGGGGGGCGUUGCUUCCCUGCUGGGUGCGGGUGCGGGUGCAGUUACGGAAGGGGCAGCGAGUGUGGCGGCGGCUGCGGCAGAGGCGGCGGCGGCGGCGGCGUCUGAGUUUGGCCGGCCGUGAGGGGUCGUGAGGGCGUUGCUGCAAUGGACGGUCGACAACAGCAUUGCAGUGGGAGUGAGAAGGGGGCUGUUGGGGCGGGAGGUCUGGGGUUUGACGACAGAUUAUUGCCGCCAAUAGUGCGCAUCUGGAAGCUAUGUAUUGUGCAAUUUUGACCUCGUGGCGUGUGUGUUUCAAGUAAGCUGCGCGCCGGUGGCGUGUGCGUCCAGAUUGAUAGGAUGGUGCGGAUGUGCGGCGGGCCGGCGGGCGGGGCAUUGGGUGGCCGACCAGAUCGCCGAGGGAGGGAGGGAUGCCGCUGCUGCCGCCGCCGCCGCCGCCAUAUGCAAGGGCGGGGGUUUCAGAAGAAGAUGCAGAAGAGCUGAUAGAGGUGCGGGGCAGAGGCGGGGCUGCCUAGGAGGUGGAGCCACUGAGGCCCUUGGCCGCUGGGGCCGCAGGGCGAGUGUGUAACCCUGGGCCUGGGUCGGCUCUCGAUGACGCCCCGCACCGCCGCUUCAUCUGUGAUCCGUCUACUCCUUGCACGUGUGGUUGUGUUUGUUCCCGGAGCAAUCUGCAGAUUCCCGGAGCAAUUCCCGGAGCAAUCUGCAGAUUCCCGGAGCAAUCUCCGAUUCCCGG